AACAUUGGCAGCCCUCUGCGCUGCACCAAGCGGUGGGAAGUGAUGAGUUGGCUCGACCUGAUGCAGUCCUAUCUGGCCCCAGUGUGCAAGUGGAUGUGCGACCCGUCCCAUCCAGAUCAUCCAGCUACUGAAGAGCUGGUGCAGGUGCCGCUGGUCUCGGCUAUGCCGUCCAUGCUCACCAGCCAGGGGCCCGGCGGGAAAAUGAAAGGAGACUACUUGAAGUUGCCCUUGGCUGCACGCGAUCGCUCUGGAAAGCGGAUCAACCAAGGGAUCGAGGGUUCCGCCCUCGGCGCACCAAGCCUGGAAUGGAUGGAGGAAGAUAUCCCAGCGCCCCGCGUGAUGGUGCCUUCCACGGUGAAUGAUUUAGCCAUCAUUUGCGACGAGCUUCCCAGCUACCUUCCGCCUGCUGAAGCCUUGCGCCUGCGUGCCGCUUGCCGCAUCCAUGCAGAGGGCGAAGGACACAGACAUAGCGUUCCAGUGGCUUCGCAGGUGCUGGAUGUGAUGGUGAUGAAAAGCCAGGUGGUGCAAGAGGUCAAUGAUUGGGGACUGGUGGACGCCUGCUUGGGUGAGGGCCUUCUUUGUAGCAAAAUGCUGCUGGAGACCUUUUUAUGUACCUCCUUGACCAUCGAUGAAGGUGAGCUGCAAAUCACCAAGCCAACGCCUCUCAGUGAUGACUCCGAAGUCUCCGAAAAUCCGGGGGCCUUGCCCUCCAGCUCCCCAAAAACGGAGGAAGUCGACCUCAACACCAGCUGGAUUCCUGAGACCCCGGAGGCCUUCGGCUUCGGGGGCCAUCCCCUGCUCUUGGAACAUCUCCUACCAGAGGAGAACCCUAUGGACCAGGAGGUUUCCAGCCAGCCGAUCCAGUCACUGGGGGUGGAAAUGCCUAUCCCGAUGCCCAGCAGCCCGCCCCUGGCCUUCCAACCAGCCCUACAAGUGGGACCGGCCCUGCACCCAGUGCUGACUGCAGCACCUGCACCGGUCUUGCAGUACGCACCGCCGAUGGGACAACGGCCCACCAGUGCGCCGCAGGCGUGGACAAUUGACUGA